ACAUGGAGAACCGACCGCCCCGUGUAAAACCCCUCAUCUUGACUGGAUAACGGGAACCUGUUCGCUAACCUGACCGUCCCUUGCACAGGAUACAACUUGGCAUGCUGCGUCAUAGUCGCGGGCCCCUUGAAAGCCUGAUGAUCCUCCUCCUUGCAGGCUGAAUUGUGUACCAGCCGGCCUGUGCAAAUCAGUGGCCCAUGAUGUCGCACAUUAAUGCUUUCUAGGCCAGGCUUGCUGGCGGAGAAGGUGCAGGGUUGCCGCAUACGAAAAAAACAAGAUAACCCAGAAAUACCGCGUUGUUGUCGUGUACACUCCCACUCCCCACGACGGCUUUCUACUUUGACGCUCUGUGCCCGGCACGUACGCGAGAUGAGUCAAGCGGCUUCAGGGAAUUGUUUGUUGUUAUUGUCCUAAGAGUCCGGCUCGGAUGCUAGACGAUGAUUCUCCAAUUUUAUGACAUUUUUUCUACGAACCUUGUUCUAGAAACUAUCGAAAUGAUUCCUCAGCUCCUGUCUCGUCCGUUGGCAUCCCUGAACAUCUUUCAAACCACUCCGCACCAGCGUACAGGUAGUUGGCCCGAGUUCCGCAUGAUCCCCGAGCUACUUCUGCAAAGUACACCUUUCCUUACUAGCAUCUAUAUAUAUAUCCGUGUAUAUAUAUUUAUCUGUGGCCCUUCCUUUGGUGAAGGUCUGUACCUUCAUCGAGCUUGGAUUUUAGUCCUUUUCGGAGUUGAGACGCCUAGCUGCUCCGAUUUGUCUAGAAAAACCCAUUAUUAGACUUGAAAAAAAAGUAACAUGUCUCCCAUUGCUACGUCAAACGUUGAGAUCGUGGAUAUCCGCGGUACCAACCUUCAGAGCUCUUUAUCUCAGGACAUCUACCAUGGUCUUCAGGCUGCAGAGAAGAGCCUGCCAACUUUACUUCUUUACGAUACAAAAGGGCUACGACUGUUCGAAGACAUUACAUACUUGGACGAAUACUACCUGACGAACGCGGAGAUCAAGGUCUUGGAAGCAAAUGCCGCCAAAAUCGCAGCACUUGUCCCUGAGAACUGCCAAUUAGUUGAGUUGGGGAGCGGGUUUGUUUUCCUCUCCCCUUCGAUGCCACUGCCUUCCCGAAUAC